AUGAGUUUAGUAGAUGAAACGAGUUUUGUUUCUCAAUUUUUAGAAACAUUAAGUGCACGUCAAGUAAAAUAUCCCAAGGAUUUUUCACCACCUGCACAAACACGUCCAAAACCAAUAGUUACAGUUAAAUCAUUAAAAGGAAAUCUAACACAUACCGUACAGAUAAAAAAUUCAGAAACUAUUUAUAAUCUAAAAGAAAAACUACAAAAAAUUACUUCCUUUACACCUUUAAAUCAAAGAUUAAUAUUAAAAGGCAAAGCUUUAAUUGAUACUAAAACUUUGUUUGAAUAUGGUAUUACGAAUGAUACUGUAAUUCAUUUGGUUCAUAAACCUGGAUCUACUACUGGCGGUGAAAGUAUUAAUAAAAUUAAAGAUUCACAAUUCUGGAUUUCUUUACAAAAAUUAUUAGUUGAACAAUUUCCAGAAACAAGUGAUGCUGAUAAUGUUUUAAAAGAGUUUUUUAAUUGUUAUAAUAAUAACAAGGAUUUAAACAUUAAUAUUAAUUUAGAAGAUUUAAUUAACAAAAAUUCUUAA